AUGGCGAAUUUUUAUUUUUCCAAAUUAAUUUCUCUCGCCUGUUUGUUCUGUUACGCAAGCACGGCUAAUAUUUCCUUGAAUUCUGUAAGAGGUCUAAGCUUUAUUUUCCCCAAAUUCAGGGCUCCGGAAACCGAUGAAAUUCCAGUCGAAAUUGAUCCGCUGCCCGAACUAGAUGAAAUUGAUGGACUUGACUUUGUAGGUGACGCUGCAGUCUCCGGUAAUGUUGUCCAUCUUACAAAUAGUAGCAGCUCCCAGUACAACGAGUCGAAUCAAUCAUCAGGUAGAAUUGUUUAUAAUGAGACGAUGCAGCUUUCAUCUACAGCCAAUUUCAGCACGCACUUUGUAUUUUCUAUGUAUUCUGAUAAAAAUGAAUUUGGCGGCGACGGCAUAGCCUUCUUUCUCUCAUCUAAAGGGGACGCUUACAAUAUGCCACAAUUCAAAAGAGGAGGAUAUUUUGGCCUUGUUGGAGAUAAUCUUAAAAUUUUACCUAAUUUCUUUGCUGUAGUGUUUUCAAGUACACAGAAGACUGUUGGAACUCUUGCCAAUAGUUUUUCAGAGUUGCAUUAUUUGAAAAACGCUACUGUUUCUGAUUUAAACAACGGGACAGAAUUGGGUGCGUGGAUUAACUACAACGGCCAAGUAGAAAUGCUCAAAGUAUAUCUUGCUAGCGAUUCUCGUAGUUCGAAGUCCCCUAAGAAUUGUAUUUUAUCACAACGUGUAAAUUUGUCUAAAUAUCUUAAUGGAAAUGUUUCUCUAGGCUUUUCAUCUGCAGCUGUAGGGUCGAAUGAGACCCACAACAUCCAUUCAUGGAGCUUCAACAGCGGCUUAUAUUCGAUAAACACUUCAACGGGUAACAACAGCAGUUCAAAUGGAUUAGGCCAGAGAAACGGGACAGAAACAAGCACUUCUAAAAAAAUAUUUCUGGGUGUUGGAUGUAGCAUGGCGGUUUGUAUUGCAGGUGCGCUGUGGGGCUACUUUUCCUUUCUCAGAAGAAAGAGAGCUCCAUCCAUCACAGGACAAAAUUCAACAGGUAUGGAUCUUGAGAAGCUUCUACACCACAUUCCGCGACGGUAUAAGAUUGAUGAUCUAAUAGUCGGAACUAACAAUUUCAGCGAAGAUCAAAAGCUUGGGCAGGGAGGAUUCGGAGGAGUAUACAAAUGCACUCUUGUUCAAACAAAUGAGAUUGUGGCUGUAAAGCGCAUCUCAGAAGGUUCAAAGCAAGGGAUUAAAGAAUUCGUUGCAGAAGUGAGUAUAGUUAGUCGUCUGAGACAUCGAAAUCUUGUUCAACUCCUGGGAUGGUGUUAUGAGCAAGACCAGUUGCUUUUGGUCUAUGAAUAUAUGUCUAAUGGAAGCCUCGACAGACAUAUUUUCACCAAAAAAGCAGGAGAAGAAGAGCCUCAAGUGCUGCAGUGGAGUAUGAGAUAUAAAAUUGUUACUGAAAUAGCAAGCGCACUGCUGUAUCUUCAUGAAGAAUGGGAGGAAUGUGUUGUACACAGAGAUGUCAAGUCCAGUAAUAUUUUAUUGGAUGGCAAUUUUAGUGCAAAGAUUGGGGAUUUUGGUUUAGCGCGCAUGGUGAAGCAUGAGCAUGUAGCUCAGACCACCCAAGCUGCAGGGACAGUGGGAUACCUUGCCCCUGAAUGUUGGGUAUCAGGAAAAACUGGUCCUGAAUCUGAUGUUUACAGUUUUGGAGCAGUGGCUCUAGAAAUAGCUUCUGGUAAGAAAGCAAUAGAUGUAAGUUUGGCAGAGUUUGACAGGCGGCUUGUAGUGUGGGUAUGGGAUUUGUAUGGUCAAGGAAGACUAUUGGAGGCUGCAGAUGUGAGAUUAAAUGGAAAGUUUAAGGAGCAAGAAAUUGAACGAUUGAUGGUGGUGGGUUUGUGGUGUUCUCAUCCGGAUGCUGCUAGUCGACCCAAAAUGAAACAAGUGUUGAAGUUACUUAAUUUUGAAGUUGCAGCACCUAUUAUCCCCUCUACAAUGCCUGUACCAUCAUAUGCUCACACUUCAAUUACCACCGGGCCUUCCCGUCCAUUGGUAUCACACAGUCUUCCAACUACUUUAAGUCCAAGGUAG